AUGAGCAGCCUGUUGAGAUCAGGAGUUAGGUAUGGGCAUGGUCAGGCGAUAAAAAGGCCAGUGCUUUACGGUUGGGGACAUUCCUAUGCUUUACCUUUGAGGAAAGGGCACAUGGAUCGAGUAUUUACAAAGCCUACUCGUUUAGAGAGUGAGGAAGAUUAUGCUCUUGAUAAAAAUGAUAGCAUCGUCACUCAUGUAGCGGCAGGAUGGGGACACUCUUUGAUAGCUACUGACCAUCACCAAGUCCAUUCUUUUGGACUCAACCAAAGUGGACAGUUGGGACGUCCUUGUCCUGCCCCGACGGCCACCGUUUUCAGUGCCCGCCAAUGGAAGGAGGAUGCCCGUGUUCAAUUUCUGGCCUGUGGACGCGAGCAUUCACAUAUUGUAGUACAAGACAAGGCGAAGGAUACCCAAUUGUACUCUUUUGGAAACAACAUGUUUGGACAACUGGGGUUGGGCAAAGAUAAACACACUGCUGCGUCUGGAGAGAGCGUGCGUCAAGAUACACCUCAGCUUGUGCCAUUUGGAACAGCCAUUCAGCAGAUCACUUGUGGGUUGGAUCAUACGAUUUUUGCAACAGAGGAUGAAGUGUACGGUAUGGGAUGGAGUGCGGAUGGACAACUGGGACAAGGCACAGAAGACAAAUGUUUGCCAUCGAAGCUACCGUUGUCUUUACCGAUUCAAAAAAUGUCGACGUCUACAGAUUUUACUUUGCUGCUCGACAAGACGGGUUCUUUGUGGACAUGGGGUAAUUCUGAAUAUGGUCAAGGCGCUCAAAAUAAAGUCAUCGAUAGGAUACUGGAACCACUGACAAUAGAAGGAGCCCAAGACGUAGUGGAUGUUGCUGCUGGAGGCCCUUUUUCUGUCUUUUUAAAAGACAACGGUAAAGUGUACACCUGCGGCUAUGGAGCUUUAGGUCUGGGAAAGGACACACUACAGACACUUCAGCUGACGGAAGUAGAUGGCUUGGAAAAUGUUGAAAGAAUCUAUGCCGCAACGGAUUACGCUGCGGCCCUUACCGCCAAUGGAGAAUUGUUUACAUGGGGAUUGAAUGGAGCCAGUGGUAGACUAGGUCAAGGGCAUUGUGAGCAUUCGUUCAAGCCAAAGCAUGUCCAUAUAGGCAAAAGAGUAUUGGAUUUAGCCUUAGGAACGCAUCAUGCAUUAGCACUCGUUGAAGAAUAA